AAUUUUUAGUAACUGAGACAUUUCUUUUUCGAGACUACGACACUCAAGACUGGAGUAGUAAUGAAGUCUCACAACGCAGAUGCCAGGCUCUGCAGGAGAUGCAACGAAACUGAGGUGACACUCAAGAUUCGCGCAGAGGCGAUAUGCAGCCCCUGCUACCGCCGUUUCGUCAACCACAAGACAGUCAAGCGCCUCGAGGUCCUCGCCAAAGAAAUCUCCGCCGCGCCCACCCAGACAAAGCGCAUCCUCGUAGGCCUCUCCCACGGCGCCUCGUCCGCCGCUCUUAUCGACAUCCUCAACACCCAGCUCCAGAACCAACUACGCAGGAGGCCGAGCGCCGCUUUUGAGAUUAUCGCCGUGCACGUCGACACGGACCUGCUUCGUGAGGAGGAGAAGGAGGAGAACUCCUCUUCCUCCCCCGCCUCGCAGAUGCUGCAGCGCUGCAGCACACGGUACCCCCAACUGCGCUUCUCGCGCGUGCCGCUCGCGCGCGUGCUAUCGCUCGACACGGUCGACUGGGCGGCGCUGCCGUCCAUCCCAGCGGACCAGGAGGCAGGGGCCCGAACGGCGGAGGAGAAGGUGGCGGGCCUGCUCGACCGGCUGCCGUCCACGACGUCCAGGACCGACAUCACGAGGCUGUUUGUGCGACACGUGCUCAUCGACGCCGCGCGCAGGGAGGGCUGCUGCGCGGUGCUGCUCGGGUGCAGCACGACUGCGCUCGCGGAGCUGACGCUGGGCGAGACGGCCAAGGGGAGGGGGUUUUCUCUGCCGUGGAUGGUGGGGGACGGGCCGCUGGUGGUUGCGAGGUUCCCUGCUGCGGGAUCCGUGACACGAGAGUCUAGUGCACAGAAGUUAUCAGUUUACUACCCUAACCGCGAUCUCUUCCGCAGCGAGCUCAUACAGUACGCCUCCCUUGCUGAGCCGCCGCUGACCGAUCUCAUCUGCUCUGAUACAGCGACCGGGGCAGCGUCUUCUGCGGUGGUGUCGCAUAAGGAUGUCAGCAUAGACAGUGUGAUGAGACGGUAUUUUGCGGACGUGGAAGAGAACUAUCCGUCCAUCGUGGCAAAUGUGGUGCGCACGACGGCGAAGCUGGAGAGGCGGGUGAAUGCGGAGGAGGAUGAGGAGGAGAGGCACUGCGGUUUAUGCGGCAUGGGCUUGGAUGAGCUAGGGGAUGAGAGAUGGAAGGGCGAGAUGGGUGAUGAUGGGAGUGGUAAGGAUGGAAGACUGUGUUAUGGUUGUUCGAGGGCUGUUCGUGGUUGA